AUGCUUUCCCGGGCGGCGAGACCAGCUCUGCGAGCUGCGGCUGCGGCUCCCUCGCGAGUCAUGGCCAGCGCGCCCAGCACCGCUGCCACCUUCGCGACCCUGCGUGAGAUCGAAGGCCGCCUCAAGUCCAUUCGUAACAUCGAGAAGAUCACCAAGACCAUGAAGAUCGUCGCCUCCACCAAGCUCAACCGCGCUCAGAGGGCCAUGACCGACUCCCGUGUCUACGGAUCGACCUCGAACCAGGUCUUCGACUCUGCCGAGACCAAGCCCCUCGAGGGUGACGGCAAGAAGGAGCUCAUCAUCGUCUGCUCCUCCGACAAGGGUCUCUGCGGUGGUAUUCACUCCGGUCUGUCCCGCUACAUCCGCCGCGAGUUCCUCGAGAAGGGUGCCACUGCCGACCUUGUCAUCCUCGGCGAGAAGUGCAAGUCCCAGCUCCAGCGCACCAACUCCAAGGACAUCCAGCUCAGCUUCGCCGGCGUCGGCAAGGACGUCCCCACCUUCGCCGAUGCCCAGGCCAUCGCCGACCAGGUCGUCCAGCUCGAGGGCGACUACUCCUCCAUCAAGAUCCUCUACAACAAGUUCCUCAACGCCACGGCGUACGAGCCCACCGUUGUUGAGGCAUUUUCCGAGGAGGCCAUCCUCUCUUCCCCCAACUUCUCCGCCUUCGAGGUCGACGAGGAGCUCAUCCCCAACCUCCGCGAGUACGCUCUUGCCAACUCCAUCUACUGGGCUCUGGCUGAGGGUCACGCCUGCGAGAUCUCUGCCCGUCGCAACGCCAUGGACAACGCCUCCAAGAACGCCGGUGACAUGAUCAGCAAGUACCAGAUUCUCUUCAACCGUACCCGUCAAGCCGUCAUUACCGGAGAGCUGGUCGAGAUUAUCACUGGUGCCACUGCCUCCGCGGACAUGUAA